AUGUCAAUAGAGUUUGAAAACCAUGUUAUUUCUACAGAAGGACAACUAAAAAGCAGGUUCAAAUACUUGCUGGAAUGCGCUUACCUCAAAUUUUUUAAAGUCACUACAGGAGAUGAGAGAAAUCCAUUCGCGUUUACAGGUGAUGACAAAGUGGACAACAUGCUUGAAAGCCUUGCGAGGCUAAAAAAUGAUGCAGAAACGCGGAGGUCAGAAAUUCAAAAACUAGAAGUCGAGCGUCAAAGAAACAGAAAGAAUAUUGGUCAAGCUGUAUGUGAUUACAGUAUGCCUAUUGUGGAAGAAAAUCUGGACGCCUCUGAGUCUGAAAGUUCUUUAUCUGCGAUAGAUGAUGUAAACAAGCCUAAUCGCAGAACAAUCAAAAGAAAACGUGUACUGGAGCCGCCAUGGAAUCUGCCUCUUUUAAACCAUAUCAGAAACUCGCUGCCCGACACAUCAUUGAUGGCUGAUCAACUCAAUCUAGGUCUUACAAAUUCGAUUGCUCAAGCUGCUGAAGAUAGGAAGAGAAAAGACCGUGAGCUGGAUACUCAACAAGAGCGACUGGAGCUGGAUACUCAACAAGAGCGACUGGAGCUAGAACUCCAACGCCAAAAGAUGGAUAUGAAACGCCAAGAAGUGGAUCUCAAACUCCAAGAGAUGAAGCUCAAAAGCCAAGAAGCCCAGAAGUUGAUACAGUUAUUGGAAUUAGCCGGCAAAUCAGAUGGGGUGGAGCGGCUUUGUCCCCGUUUAACCUUCCUACUACAGGAAAAGCUGGAUUCGUUAUUUAAAAGUUAA